AAUAUAAGAAUCUAAACUCGACCUAGUGACAUUCCCUCGCUUCUGGCUCCCGCUGUUUGCUCUGCUUCACACUACUGUCUCUCAUCCACUCCCUAUCGCUGCAAUUUGGGAUACCAAAGAUACCCGUAGAUCAUCAGAGAAAAAUUCAAUUGAAGAAGAGGUUGAAACUUAAACUGCUGAAGCGCAAAGAUUUUCUAGCAAAAAAUGGGGAAGAAGAGAAAGCACAGUGAGACAACUCAUGAUGAGGCACAGCCCCAAAAGGAAGAUGUCACUCCAGAGAGACCAGCUAGGACCCUUUUGGGGUGGAAGGAUAAGAAUGAAGUCACUAAUGAAGUUGAGGAUAAUUCACCUAUAUUUAGGAACAGAGAGAAGGUAUUGGUCACUUGCUCUAGGCGCAUUAAUUACAGGUACCGACAUUUGAUGUUGAAUGUGGUGUCACUUUUGCCUCAUUGCAAGAAGGAAAACAAGGUUGAAUCAAAGGAAACUAAAGGCGCCACCCUGAACGAGCUUGUUGAGCUAAAAAAUUGUUCCUCUUGUUUAUUUUUUGAGUGCAGGAAGCAAAAAGAUCUUUAUCUCUGGAUAGCAAAAUGCCCCAAUGGCCCAUCUGUAAAAUUUUUAGUUAGUGCUGUGCACACAAUGGAGGAAUUGAAGCUAACUGGAAAUCAACUAAAAGGUUCUCGUCCUAUUUUGACAUUUUCAGCAAAUUUUGAAAAGGAUGCACAUUGGAAACUGCUAAAGGAGAUGUUGUUACAGAUAUUUGAAACACCAAAGGACCUAAGAAGGACUAAGCCAUUCCAUGAUCACGUUUUUGUUUUCUCAAUAGUUGAUGACCAUAUAUGGUUUCGGAAUUACCAGAUCUCUGUUCCUCAUAAUGAGUCAGACAAAUUACCUAGAGGAGGCCUUGAUAAAAUGUCUAUGAUCGAGGUUGGUCCGCGAUUCUGCUUGAACCCAAUUAAAAUAUUUGGUGGAAGUUUUGGAGGCCCAACUUUAUAUGAGAAUCCAUUCUAUGUGUCCCCAAAUCAGAUUCGAACUUUGGAUAAAAGGAAGAAGGCUGGCAAGUUCGCAAAGAAAGUCAAAGCAAAGACAAGGAGGAAAAUGCAUGAGAUGUCUAAUCCUCUGGAGCCUGAUGAGUUUGCAGAUAUGUGAAAAGAUUGAUUCUAUAUCCAACUGCCCAAGUUCAUGUUCACUUCCAUCAAUCUCAAACAAUUGCCUGCAUUCAUUCUCAAGCUCAAUGCUCUCACCCUCAACAAGAAGUAGUUACUCAUUGUUUGGAGGACUUUCAUCUUUAUGGAAUUGUUUUUUUUGAAUUCAAUAUAAGAUAUAAGUAUUUUGAGUAUGCAUUGAAAUUGACAACAGAUAGAAAUACCUUGAUUGGUAGCUUGUUAUUGCCAAAUUGGAAUUUUUAUAUUGCCAACCAAUCUGAAGUUUCUUUUAUUUGUUCCA